UAAAACUAAAAAUGAAAUUCUCUACCAUCUUAUCUGCUGCUGCUGCUUUAACCUUUGUUAACGCUGAAGUUACUUCCAAAGCCAACUUCGGUGUUGUUACCAUCCACUCUGGUUCUUCUUACCAAUACGGUAGCAUCAACAAAGAUUCCGAUAAACUCUUAGUUAAUGGUAAAGGUGAUGCCGUUACUUUCAACUUGAAAAAUGGUGAAUUAACUGACCAAGACAAUGCUAAAAUCGCUCCAGGUACUAAUGGUUUCCUUGCUACUUCUUCUAAAUCCGACACCAGUUUCUCUGUUAAAGACGACAGAUACUUAGUUUACAAUGGUCAAGACUUCUACGCUUGUCCAGAUGGUGGUAACACUUACUUAUCCACUAAAUCUUGUGAAAACGGGGUUAGUGUUGAAUUAUUAGCCCAAUAA